UUAAACUAGUACAGAUAUAGAUUUAGUUUCCUUCAUAAACCAAAGCCAUGGCUGCAGCUGGAAUCACUAGGCUUCCCCGAAAAUCACCGCAGAUUAGGUUGCAGCUGCAUGAAGUGGGACGUCGGAUGAGCAAGCUUGCAGGGGUGGAGGAGAGAUACGGAUCGGAACUGCAGGAGAAGGAGAAGAAGAAGAAGAAAUCAUCUUGUUGGGUACCUCACCCCAGGACAGGGAUAUAUUUCCCACAAGGUCACGAAAGAGUGAUUGAUGACAUACCAAAUGGUGCAGCGCCUCUUACUCAAACGUAUUGGCUCCGGAGCGAGGACGGUGUUGACAAACCUGAAUCUGAUUUUCCCAUCAGUCAUGAUAUUACUUAUAGCCAAUAAUGUAUCAUAUAUAUACAGUAAGACUUUGUAUAUGCACUAAAACAUGGGAUCUACUAAAUAUGUACAUUCCAUAAAUGGAUUUUGACCCCGAUACCAUAAAUAAAUUAGAUUGUGGGUUCAGUCCAAAACAAGGACUCGUCACAACCCAUAACUUUGAAUCUUGAACUGCUUCGACAGGAAAUGCAAUAUAUAUAUAGCAUGGGGAUUGUUGGACUUUAAGCCAUUGGGCUUUAAAGUAGAAGAAGUAUGAAUUGGAAAUGGAGGAAAAUA